CUGGGACGGGAGUCAGGACUCCCGGGAGAGGAGAGCCAGCGCUGACCCCAAGGCCAGGGAGGGACUCUGGCCCCUCCUGCCCACAGGCGCAGGGCUGAGUGGGAGCAGAGGUGUGGUGUCUGCCCCCCCCUUGGGGGGGCAGGACAGGGCCUCAGGCCUGGGUGCUGCCUGGCACCUGGAAGAUGCCUGUGCCCUGGUUCCUUCUGUCCUUGGCACUGGGCCGAAACCCUGUGGUCCUCUCUCUAGAGAGGGUUGUGGGGCCUCAGGACGCUGCCCGCUGCUCUCCGGGCCUUUCCUGCCACCUCUGGGAUGGUGAUGUGCUGUGCCUGCCUGGGGGCAUUGUGUCUGCCCCAGGCCCUGUUCUGGUGCCCACACUCCUGCAGACAGAACUGGUGCUAAGGUGCCACAAGGAGACCGACUGCGACCUCUGUGUGCGUGUGGCUGUCCACUUGGCUGUGCAUGGGUCCUGGGAAGAACCUGCAGAUGAAGAGGAGUUUGGAAGAACACCUGACCCAGGGCUAGAGGAUCCUAGGAAUGCCUCUCUCCAGGCCCAUGUGGUGCUGUCCUUCCAGGCCUACCCUACUGCCCGCUGCGUCCUGCUGGAGGUGCAAGUGCCUGCUGCCCUUGUGCAGCCUGGUCAGUCUGUGGGCUCUAUAGUAUUUGAUUGCUUCGAGGCUGCCCUGGGGGCUGAGGUACGAAUCUGGUCCUACACUCAGCCCAGGUACCAGAAGGAACUCAAUCUCACACAGCAGCUGCCUGACUGCAGAGGUCUUGACGUCCAGGACAGCAUCCAGCGGUGCUCAGCCCUGCCCUGGCUCAACGUGUCUGCUGAUGGCGACCAUGUGCGCCUUGUGCUGGACGUCUCUGAGGAACAGCGCUUCGGCCUCUCCCUGUACUGGAACCAGACCCAGGGCCCUGCAAAACCCUGGUGGCACAGAAACCUGACUGGGCCACAGACCAUUACCUUGAACCACACAGACCUGGUUCCCUGCCUCUGUAUUCAGGUGUGGCCUCUGGAACCCGACUCCGUCAGGACCAGCAUCUGUCCUUUUAGGGAGGACCCUCGCGCACACAGGAACCUCUGGCGUGCAGCCCGGUUGCAGCUGCUGCCUCCGCAGGGCUGGCGGCUGGAUGCGCCGUGCUCCCUGCCCGCCGAGGCCACGCUGUGCUGGCAGGCACAGGAUGGGGGCCCCUGCCAGCCGCUGGUUCCGCCGCUGCCCCGAGCAAAUGUCACCGUGAAUAAGGCUCUUAAGUUCCCGUUGCUCAAAGGUCACCCCAACGUCUGCAUCCAGGUGAGCACCUGGGAGAAGCUACAGCUUCAAGAGUGCCUGUGGACUGACUCCCUGGGGCCCCUCAAAGAUGACAUGCUGCUGGUGGAGACAAGAGAUUCCCAGGACAACAGAUCACUCUGUGCCUUGGAACCCAGUGGCUGCACCCCACUGCUCAGCAGAGCUUCCACGAGGGCAGCUCGCCUUGGAGAGCAGCUACUACAAGACUUGCAGUCAGGCCAGUGUCUGCAGCUGUGGGAUGAUGACCUGGGAGCACUCUGGGCCUGCCCCAUGGACAAGUACACCCACCAGCGCUGGGCCCUGGUGUGGCUGGCCUGCUUACUUUUUGCCGCUGUGCUUUUCCUUCUCCUCCUUGUCAAAAAGGACCACGUGAAAGGGUGGCUGAGGCUCUUGAAGGAGGACGCUCUUGAAGGGGCGGCUGCCGCCAGGAGCCGAACGGCUUUGCUCCUCUACUCCCCCGACGACGCAGGCUUCGAGCGCCUCGUGGGCGCCCUGGCGUCAGCGCUGUGUCAGCUGCCGCUGCGCGUGGCCGUGGACCUGUGGAGCCGCCGCGAACUGAGCGCACAGGGGCCCCUGGCCUGGUUCCACGCGCAGCGGCGCCAGACCCUCCAGGAAGGCGGCGUGGUGGUCCUGCUCUUCUCGCCAGGGGCCGUGGCCAUGUGCCACGAGUGGCUGCAGGAUGCGGCGUCAGCGCCCGGGGCACACGGCCCGCACGACGCCUUCACCGCCUCGCUCAGCUGCGUGCUGCCAGACUUCUUGCAGGGCCGGGCACCCGGCCGCUACAUCGGGGCCUACUUCGACAGACUGCUGCCCCCGGACGCCGUGCCCGCCCUGUUCCGCAGCGUGCCGGUCUUCUCACUGCCCUCACAGCUGCCCGACUUCCUGAGGACCCUACAGGGACCCGGCGCCCUCCGCUCGAGGCGGCUCGCGGAGAGAGCGGAUCAAGUGUCCCGGGCCCUGCAGCCCGCCCUGGACAGCUGCUUCUGGCCACAGGAGACCGCGGGGACGGGAAGCGGGAUGGGGCCAGAGGCAGGGGACAGGACUUGAAUAAAGGCAGGAGCUAUUUUUCUA